UUCGUUCACAUACACUCUGUUAUACAAGAGGAACGGUACACUGAGUGUGUAUAGGGUGUGUAGAGUGUGUGUAUGUUUGUAGUGUGUGCACAUGUGUGUGUUUAGUCUACUCAGUAGUCUAGAAGAGGGACAAAUCAAAAUGAGGACAGGAGCAGGAGCAGGUGUGCCCUGUUCUGAGGGCUGAGAGCUAGGCAUGCUGGAUAAAGACCCCGCCACCACCAGCAGCCUUCAACUGACGACCUCUGACCCCUCUGACAUUGCUGUGGAACCCGGUGACAUCACAGACGGCCUCGGCAUCAGCAGGAAGAUGUCGGACGUAGUUGAGAGUUUGGACACCAGAGAGUUGGACAUGGGAGAUGGAGAGGAGACUGACAAUGACCCUAUCACCAUAGGGGACAGUCGUAUAGGGUUCAGUGCUGUGUAUCACACCGUGGGUUUUAAGGAGUCUGAAGCCAGGGUCUAUCUCCCUACUGUCCCCAUCACUGCUAAGAUACUGGAGGUGGAGAGGUUCAACACAGCCCAGGACAGGUUCAACAUCACGGCACAGAGGAGUGUCAACAAGAGUCAGCCUGCAGUGUUUAAGAUUGAGCUGAGACAUGGAGAGUUCAGCUGGGUGGUCAAGAGAAAGGAGAAACACUUCAUGGACCUCCACAGAGAACUGGUCCGAUACAAGAUGUUCAUGAGGGUGCCGCUACCCUCCCGCAGCCACACAACGAGGAGGAGGACAAUGAAGAAGAGUGAAGCCAGACAUAUGCCGGAGCUACCCCGUGGCGGAGAUGAGUUGGCACAAGACGAACAGGUCUACAGCAGAAGGAAACAGCUGGAAGAUUAUCUGAACAAGCUGCUAAGGAUGGCCAUGUACAGGAAAUACUACCACACUAUGGAGUUUAUAGACGUCAGCCAGAUGUCCUUCAUCCAUGACCUGGGACCUAAAGGACUGGAGGGGAUGAUACACAAGCGUUCCGGAGGUCAUCGUAUCCCAGGCUUGAACUGCUGUGGUCACAGUGAAGUCUGCUACCGCUGGUCUAAACGCUGGUUGGUGAUGAAGGAUUCGUUCCUCUUCUACAUGAAGCCAGACUCAGGAGCCAUUUCCUUUGUUCUCCUGUUGGACAAAGAGUUCAGCGUCAAAAUGGACUCCAAAGACACCGAGACCAAAUACGGAGUACGCAUCGACAGCCUCUCCAGGUGCCUUGUACUGAAGUUGAACAGCUACAGACAUGCUCGGUGGUGGGGCCAGGCGAUAGAAGACUUUGUCCGUAAACACGGGAGGGCGUUUCUACGAGACCAUCGAUUUGGUUCCUUUGCUCAGGAGGAGCAGAACAUCCCUGCCAAAUGGUAUGUGAAUGGGAAGACCUACAUGGAGGAUGUAGCUGAUGCUCUGGAAGAAGCUAAAGAAGAGAUCUUCAUCACUGACUGGUGGUUGAGUCCAGAGAUCUUCCUGAAGAGGCCAGUUGUGGAGGGAAACAAAUGGAGACUGGACUGCAUCCUCAAACGCAAAGCGGUGACAACAGGGGUUCAUAUCUUUGUGAUGCUCUAUAAGGAGGUGGAGCUAGCUCUGGGCAUCAACAGUGAAUACAGCAAGAGAACACUAAUGCACCUGCACCCCAACAUUAAGGUGAUGCGCCACCCGGACCAUGUGUCGUCGUCUGUCUACCUGUGGGCGCAUCACGAGAAGAUCAUCAUCAUCGACCAAUCGGUGGCCUUCGUUGGCGGGAUCGACCUGGCGUAUGGUCGCUGGGACGACCGAGAGCAUCGCCUGACAGAUGUGGGGAGUGUGACACGCUCUGUUGCCCUGGAGAUGGAGCAGUCUCAGAGCUCUGCCCACCAUCCCUCCAGUAGGGGAGUGUCCUCUACUGAUGGUGCUGCCAAUAGCAACGGAGGCAACCAAUCACUGCCUGGCAACCCAGGGGUGGAGCUUCCGCGGCUGAAGGGGAUUGGUCGAACCAGGAGGAUGCACUUCUCCCUGGUCAAACACCUCCACAAACACACUCUGCAGCAUGCAGACAGCAUCAGCUCCUUGGACAGCGCUGGCAGUGGUUCAGUGCGGAGCCUCCAGACAGGUGUAGGAGAGCUGAGGGGUAACACCAGGUUUUGGCAUGGAAAAGACUACUGCAACUUUGUCUACAAGGACUGGAUACAGCUGGAGAAACCCUUUGAUGACUUCAUUGACAGGUACACCACUCCCAGGAUGCCGUGGCAUGACAUCUCCUCUGUGGUCCAUGGGAAAGCUGCCAGGGACGUGGCCAGACACUUCAUACAGCGCUGGAACUUCUGUAAGAUAAUGAAGCCUAAGUAUCAUUCUCUCUCCUACCCGUACCUCCUGCCCAAGUCUCACAGCAGUGCCAGCGAGCUGAGGUACCAGGUGCCCGACUGUGUUCCCACUAGAGUACAGGUGUUGCGGUCAGCAGCUGACUGGUCAGCAGGUAUUAAGUAUCAUGAGGAGUCCAUCCACAACGCCUACCUCCAGACUAUCGCCAGGAGCAAGCACUUCAUCUACAUAGAGAACCAGUUUUUCAUCAGUUGUUCUGACAACAAGAUGGUCUACAACAAGAUCGGAGAAGCGCUCAUCGAGAGGAUCCUCAGAGCUCACAAGGAGGGCAAGAAGUUCCGUGUGUACGUGGUGACUCCACUACUUCCUGGGUUUGAAGGUGACAUCACAACAGGGGGAGGAAACGCCCUUCAGGCCGUCAUGCACUUCAACUACAGGACCAUGAUCAGAGGUGAAUACUCCAUCAUCUCCCAGCUGAAGAAAGAAAUGGAUGAACUACAGUGGAUGAACUACAUCUCGUUCUGUGGUCUGAGGACCCACGCUGAGCUGGAGGGACGCCUGGUCACAGAGCUCGUCUACGUCCACAGCAAGAUGCUCAUCGCAGACGACAACACCGUCAUCAUCGGUUCGGCCAACAUCAACGACCGCAGCAUGUUGGGGAAGCGUGACAGCGAGGUGGCGGUGAUCAUUGAGGACUCUGAGACCAUUACCGCGGUGAUGGACGGACAUGAGUACCAGGCUGGACGCUACGCACUGGCGCUUCGUCUAGAGUGCUUCAGAACUGUCCUUGGAGCCCAUAUGGACACGACCAUAGAUGUGUCUGACCCUAUCUCUGACCACUUCUAUAAGGAUGUCUGGAUGACCACCGCUGGACGCAACGCAACCAUCUAUGAGAAGGUGUUCCGGUGCCUGCCGUCCUCCCUGGUUCGUAACAUGUCUGAGUUAGAGAGUUACCAGACGAACCCAGGCCUGGCCCAGUCUGACCCAGGUAAAGCCCAGGAGGAGCUAAGGAGGAUCAGAGGGUUCCUGGUUCAAUUCCCUCUGGACUUCCUCUCAGAACAGAACCUAAUGCCUUCUGUUGGGACCAAGGAGGGCAUGGUGCCUACUGAGAUCUGGACCUAGAGGACUAGAUACACACACACACUCAGGACUAGCCACACACACACACACACACACAGGACAAGACACACACACUCAGGACUAGCCACACACACACACACACAGACACACAGGACAAGACACACACACACACAGACCACUGCAUUGAACUGUGGAUCUUUAGACUGAUCUCUGGACCUCCAGCUGAUAGCUGACAACUUAAACCACAAACAUGGAGGACCAUGAUGCCGCUUGGCCUGUCACAUCCACAACUCAGCCAAUGAGACUGAUUGCCACGCGGACUAGUGAGGAAGUAAUCAGGAGGACACAACGCUACAGGAUAUUCAGAUAGAAAUAUAUUGUGUAGAACAGAUCAUCACCUCUCAUCAUGUAGGAUAGGAACCUGGUUAGCUCCACAUGAAUAUAUUUCUAUCUGCAAAUGUAUAGGUUUAGAAUGUUUCACCUGACUGAAUACACCUGAAAAUGGGUGAAGAAAAUGAGCACUUCAGUUCAAGUAGAACCUCCUUCAUUUCUAAAUGUUUUGUCCUGUUUUGUGCCUUCUGAACGCGACCCUGGACACUCUCCUAUGCCUGUCGCAUGUUCGUAUGGUCGUAGAACUACGUAAGCUUACAUACUGUCUUUAGCUGUGGGGCCUAAAGUUCAGUUUUUUUCUUUCUUUUCUAGAAUAGAGGUUGCCUUUGAGAAGAAGACAUGUAAAUGUUUACAAUCUAAACAUGGAAUUGUUCUGUAAAAUCGUAAUUGUAAAACGAGGCUUUUAACGCUCGUCACGAAUGUUAAGUGAAGCACAAAAUGUCACUAUAAACACUCACUGAAUUUCAGCAUGAAUCACAACUACCUACAGCCUUCUGCCUUUAAUACACCUGCUGUUCUAUCACACCUUGUAUGUAUUUGUAUUGCCUGUUGUAUAAAUAAUGUAUCAUAUUGCCUAUUAUAUAAUUAAAUCAUCAAUCCCAUGA